CUAGCGCAGUUCAGUCCAAAAACCACUGGUGCGAAACACCAUCGACGGUAGCAUCCAAUAUGAAGGUGUUCGUUGUGUUGUCCAUGGCUUUGGCCAUUGCGUCAUGCGCGGCAGUUGACGAUUCCAGCAAAAAGGAAAAACGUGGCCUGUGGGAUUUGGGAUACGGACAGAAUUCCCUUGGCUUCGAUGACCACGACCACCACCAUCAGCAUGAAGUGAAGCACUUGACCACCACCAUCACCAAGAAGGUUCCAGUUCCAUACCCAGUUGAAGUGAAGGUCCCAUACCCAGUACAUGUUGAGAAGAAGGUUCACGUUGACCGUCCAGUUCCAUACCCAGUACAUGUUGAGAAGAAGGUCCACGUUGACCGUCCAGUUCCAUAUCCAGUCUAUGUAGAGAAGAAGGUUCACGUUGACCGUCCAGUUCCAUACCCAGUGGAAGUGAAGGUCCCAUACCCAGUCCAUGUCGAGAAGAAGGUCCACGUUGACCGUCCAGUCUAUGUUGAAAAGAAGGUUCACGUUGACCGUCCAGUCCCAUACCCAGUUGAAGUAGAGAAGAAGGUUCCAGUUCCAUACCCAGUUGAAGUUAAGGUUCCAUAUCCAGUACAUGUUGAGAAGAAGAUCCACGUUGACCGUCCAGUGCCGUACCCAGUGGAAGUGAAGGUCCCAUACCCAGUCCAUGUCGAGAAGAAGGUCCACGUUGACCGUCCAGUCCCAUACCCAGUCGAGGUAGAGAAGCACGUCCCAGUGGAAGUGAAGGUCCCAUAUCCAGUUCAUGUCGAGAAGAAGGUUCACGUUGACCUGGAAGUGAAGGUUCCAUACCCAGUCCAUGUCGAGAAGAAGGUCCACGUUGACCGUCCAGUCCCAUACCCAGUGGAAGUGAAGGUCCCAGUUGUCCACAAGGAAUACGUCGAAGUGCCGAAACCGUACGCAGUUCAUGUUGAGAAGCACGUUCCAGUCACCAAGCACGAGGACAAGCACUGGUGGUGAAUUGUUAUGUAACGUUUUGGACUGAAUAAAACGAAUUUG